AGAAAGGCAAUAAGCUGCACUUUCUCUGCGCAAGGAGAGAAGCAUCUCUCGUUCGCUCGCUCUCUCUCUCUCUCUCUCUCUACAGUCCCGGUGGUACGGUGUAUGUAAAGGCACACUCUAACUAACGGCAAUAGGCUACCGCUACAGCCCGAUGGUCUGCCCAAGUACAGAACGGACUUGACUUACUUUGCCUUGAGAAGGAAAACUGAGUUCCGUUCCUACGUAGACUAAGGAGCCUAUGAGAUUGUUCUCAGUGUUCAGACUGCAAGCGCACCUGGAUAAACCCGAGAGCUUCCUCCAGUCGAAAACAGAAGACAACGUGAGGCCAGCAUAGUUUGCUGCUGAAGGAAGCGUUAAGAAUAUGAUUCUCCAACGGCACUUGGUGUUCCUCCUGUAUAGCUUCUGUGGAAUCGCCUCGAAAGUGGGUGCAACCACUAAAACCAAAGUCAAAGGGUUGUCGGGCCAGUUCCCCCUGACCCAGAAUGUGACGGUGACAGAGGGGGGUACGGCCAACAUGACCUGCAGAGUAGAAUACAAUGACCAGACCUCCCUCCAGUGGUCAAACCCGGCACAGCAGACACUCUUCUUCGGGGACAAGAAAGCGCUGAGGGACAACCGGAUCGAGCUGGUUCGGGCAUCGUGGGCGGAGCUUACCAUCAGCAUCAGUGACAUCAGCCUAUCAGACGAGGGCCAGUACACAUGCUCCCUGUUCACCAUGCCUGUCAAGACCACCAAGGCCUUCCUCACCGUACUGGGAGUCCCAGAGCGACCAGAGAUCACUGGGUUCACUAAGCCAGCCAUGGAGGGAGAUGAGAUCACUCUGAUCUGCACCACAUCUGGCAGCAAGCCUGCAGCGCACAUCCGCUGGUUCAGAAACGACAAGGAAGUAACAGGCACUAAAGAGGUCAACGCCACAGGAAAGUCGUUCACAGUGAAGAGCACUCUGCAGCUGCAGGUGGAUCAGAGUGAUGACGGGGUGGCCUAUACCUGCAGUGUGGAGCACGUGUCUCUUUCUUCCAACCCUUACCAGGUCACAGAGGUCCUGGAGGUCCACUACGCCCCCCAUGUGGAGAUCUCCCACUCCGUGAUCAUCCCUCAGGAAGGACAGUACUUUAAACUGGAGUGUGUCUCCAAAGGGAACCCACUACCAGAGCCAGUGUUGUGGUCUAAAGAUGGAGGGGAGCUUCCUGAUGUAGAGAGGAUGAUCGUAGAGGGCAGAGAACUCACCAUCACCUCCCUCAACAAGACAGACAACGGCACGUAUCGCUGUGAGGCCAGUAACUACCUGGGGACCAGUGGAGCAGAAUAUGUGCUGUUUGUAUAUGAUCCCAAUGCACCAGGACAGCAGGACCCUGACCACGCAUUAAUCGGAGGUGUUGUGGCUGUGGUUGUGUUCAUCACCUUGUGUUUGAUCAUAGCUCUAGGGCGGUAUUUGGCUAGGCAUAAAGGGACGUACCUAACACACGAGGCUAAAGGAUCCGAGGAUGCCCCUGAUGCAGACACAGCCAUCAUCAACGCAGAGGGGAACCACGCAGCAGAGGAGAAGAAAGAGUACUUCAUUUAGACCUCCUCUGUUCUUUCUGUUUCAUUCUGUGUCUUUUCCUUUAUGUUUCCACCUCUGUUCUUUCUGUUUCAUUCUGUGUCUUUUCCUUUAUGUUUCCACCUCUGUUCUUUCUGUUUCAUUCUGUGUCUUUUCCUUUAUGUUUCCACCUCUGUUCUUUCUGUUUCAUUCUGUGUCUUUUCCUUUAUGUUUCCACCUCUGUUCUUUCUGUUUCAUUCUGUGUCUUUUCCUUUAUGUUUCCACCUCUGUUCUUUCUGUUUCAUUCUGUGUCUUUUCCUUUAUGUUUCCACCUCUGUUCUUUCUGUUUCAUUCUGUGUCUUUUCCUUUAUGUUUCCACCUCUGUUCUUUCUGUUUCAUUCUGUGUCUUUUCCUUUGUUUCCACCUCUGUUCUUUCUGUUUCAUUCUGUGUCUUUUCCUUUAUGUUUCCACCUCUGUUCUUUCUGUUUCAUUCUGUGUCUUUUCCUUUAUGUUUCCACCUCUGUUCUUUCUGUUUCAUUCUGUCUUUUCCUUUAUGUUUCCACCUCUGUUCUUUCUGUUUCAUUCUGUGUCUUUUCCUUUAUGUUUCCACCUCUGUUCUUUCUGUUUCAUUCUGUGUCUUUUCCUUUAUGUUUCCACCUCUGUUCUUUCUGUUUGGUUUGUUUCUUUCACCAGAGGCAGGGGUGGACUAGGACCAGAUAUCGGCCCGGGGCACUUCAAACACAUCAGCCCAUUUGUUUCCUUGAGGCACCCACUAUUAAGCAAAUUAUAAUAUUUCUGGCCUACUGGCAUUUGCCAGAAUUGCCCUAUGUCCAGUCCAUCUCUGCCAGUCGACCAACACAGUCUGCAGUUGGCUCAGUGCUGCUGGUGCAGGAAUCAGUUCUUUGUCCCUAACUCCUCUCCGAAAGAGAAAGCUCAAGCUUGGUUUUACUGGUUGGUUUUUACAAGCAAAUCGAUAAAAAUGUUGCCUUGUUUUUACUGCAAAUGUACGUCCGUGUUUUUAAAAAGAGCAGAUCCUGUUUCAGGUUUUAGCACCCAAAUCUUUGUUUGUUGUCAUGUUUUAUUUGACAGUGCCUAAAUAUACAGACCGUUCUCGAUCUGCUUCUGUCAUGUUUGUUUCAACUCUUAUUUUAUUUUUUUAUUUUUUUGGGG